AUGCCCAAGUUCUACCCUGAGCUCACAAAGUCUGGUGUUCCCGAGUUGAAGGUGCCAAUCUUUCCCGUGAUUUUCACGAAGCCUAGCGAUGCUUUGGCGGGGCCGUUCGACGAUAUCAAAGUACAUCCAGACGCUCAAGCCCAACUCGACUACGAAGGAGAGCUCGUGGUCAUCAUCAGCCGUGAUGCCAAAGAUGUCAAGGAAGAUCAGGCUCUAGAUUACGUGCUGGGAUACACAGCUGGGAACGACGUGUCUGCAAGGAACUUCCAACUGCCAGAUGCCUCUGGUGGACAAUUCUGUUAUGCGAAAUCUUUUGAUGGUUUCGCACCUGUAGGCCCCGCAAUUUGGUCAACAGAGUCGGUGCCAGAUCCCCAAAAGCUUCAUCUCAAGACCAUCGUCAAUGGGGAGGUGGUCCAAGAGACCGACACAGCUGACAUGAUUUGGUCGGUAGCCCAGAUCAUUGCCCACCUCUCUCGAGGCACGACUUUGCGGAGGGGAACGGUGAUUAUGACGGGCACUCCCUCUAGGGUCGGUUAUUUUCGAGGCGCCUUCCUCAAGGACAGUGACUUAGUAGAAGUAGAGAUCUCUGGACUGGGGAGAGUCGCGAAUCGGAUCGUCUUUUGA